CACGUUUUUGCCUUUUGGUGAAUGAAAUGUGCCUUUGUAAACAAAGGGGGCUUGGUUGCAGCUGUCAGUAAAAGAUUUUUUUAUUAAUUAAAAGGGGAAAUGCAGUGUAAUAAAAAAGGGCUCGCAUGUUCCCGUUUGAAAGUGAAGGCUGACAAUCAGAAAAUUGAGUGUUUUCUUGCACUCUCUACUAAACCAGCCGAGCUUCAGUUUUAAAUGUGGCGUUUGCACUUUUGCCACGGUCCCUAACUUCAGUGGCUCAUCCUGCACUUUGCUGUCAAUUGAAACAAGGGCUUCAAAACGCUCUGUGCCGUCGUGUCAGAUCCUGAUGUGGGACAGAAAACAUGCGCAACAUUAGGGAAGAUUUCACCUGCGCAUGAAAAAUGCACAGUUUCACGGACCUGGUGCAAAGUCCUGAGGUGGUCCGGCCCCGGUGAACGAGCAUAUCAAACAAACGGUGUUCACCUUCAGCAGCUGGUGCUGCCGUGCCGGCUGUAUCGCCCAGUCAGAGGCAGAGGACCGGACCAUCUGAAGCCGAGUAGGGGUAGUCAGAUAAGCUGCUUACAGCUCUGCCGGCAGGCCCACGGUUGAACUAGUGCGAAGAAUGGACGGAUUCAUCUCAUCAGGGAAACAUGGCAAGUGAGAAGAGGCGUUGUUCGGUACUGCUGGCAUCCGCAAAACCGGAUCAGACUCCCUGAAGGAAUGUUCACGCUCACAGAAGUAGCCUCCCUGAAUGACAUCCAGCCAACUUACAGAAUACUGAAGCCAUGGUGGGAUGUCUUCAUGGAUUAUCUUGGUAUUGUCAUGUUGAUGUUGGCCAUAUUUUCUGGAACCAUGCAGUUAACUAAGGACCAAGUGGUUUGUCUUCCCAUUCUGGAGCAAACUCCAGAGGGGUCCGGGGGUUUCUUGGAACCUGAAGCGCCAGAGCCAACCAAUGGCUUUUGGAACAAAGAGAGUGCCAUUGGGGAGCAAGCUGCUCCUCUCAUGGCUAAAAGGCCUCCCGACAGCGUCACGCCUACCAUUCACUUCACACAACCAGCUACCAUCGGACAGCCCUAUCCUACAGGCGUCAGGACCAAGCUGGAUUUUCAGCAGUAUGUUUUUGUCAACCAGAUGUGCUACCAUGUCGCCCUACCUUGGUAUUCAAAAUAUUUCCCAUACCUUGCUCUAAUUCACACUAUUGUGUUGAUGGUCAGUAGCAACUUCUGGUUCAAAUACCCCAAAACAAGCUCAAAAGUAGAACAUUUUGUUUCCAUACUGGGAAAGUGUUUUGAAUCACCUUGGACUACCAAAGCUCUGUCUGAGACUGCGUGCGAGGAUUCGUCAGAGAACAAGCAGAGGCUGGCCGGGGCCUCCUCUCUCCUGAAACAUCUGUCCACAAGUAGCGAGGAGGGGAGUCCGAACCAGUCCGCUCCGGUGCUGACUAAAUCUGGGGUUACCUUUUCUGCUGAAAAGCUUGUGAGUGAAAUUCCCUCCAUGACUAUACUGGACAAGAAAGAUGGCGAGCAAGCGAAGGCCCUGUUUGAGAAAGUUCGGAAAUUCCGUGCUCAUGUUGAAGACAGUGAUUUGAUUUAUAGACUCUAUGCCAUACAGACAGUUAUCAAAACUGUGAAAUUUAUUUUGAUCCUGUGCUACACAAUGACGUUUGUUGCUUAUAUAGAUUUUGACCAUGUGUGUGAGCCUGAAAUAAAGCAUUUGACUGGAUAUACCAAGUUCCAUUGUACACAUAACAUGGCAUUUAUGUUAAACAAGCUCCUUGUUAGUUAUAUUGCUCUCAUAUGCGUUUAUGGCGUGAUCUGCAUAUACACACUGUUCUGGCUUUUUCGGCGACCACUCAAGGAGUAUUCCUUUGAAAAAGUCAGAGAGGAGAGCAGCUUCAGUGACAUUCCUGAUGUUAAAAAUGACUUUGCAUUCCUUCUCCACAUGGUUGAUCAAUACGACCAGCUGUAUUCAAAGCGUUUUGGGGUUUUUCUCUCUGAGGUGAGUGAGAAUAAACUUCGGGAAAUCAGCCUGAACCAUGAAUGGACAUUUGACAAGUUGCGCCAGCAUGUAACGCGCAAUCCUCAAGAUAAGUUGGAACUUCAUCUUUUCAUGCUGUCUGGAGUUCCGGAUGCUGUGUUUGAUCUCACUGACUUGGAAAUUCUGAAACUAGAAUUAAUCCCAGAAGCCAAAAUAACAGCGAAGAUCUCACAAAUGACAAACCUCCAGGAGCUGCACUUCUACCACUGUCCUGCCAAAGUUGAGCAGACAGCUUUCAUUUUCCUUCGUGAUCACCUCCGAUGCCUUCAUGUCAAAUUCACAGAUGUUGCAGAGAUUCCUAGCUGGGUAUACAUGUUGAAAAAUUUAAGGGAACUCUACUUGGUGGGUAACCUGAACUCUGAAAACAACAAACUGAUUGGACUUGAGUCCCUGCGAGAUCUCAGGCAUCUGAAGAUUCUGCACCUCAAAAGCAACCUCACAAAGAUCCCUACAAACAUAACCGACCUGUCACCACAUCUGUUAAAGCUGGUUAUUCAUAAUGAUGGUACAAAGCUCUUAGUGCUGAACAGUUUGAAGAAAAUGAUGAACCUUGCAGAACUGGAACUGCAUAACUGUGAACUGGAACGAAUCCCUCAUGCCAUCUUCAGUUUGAACAACCUUCAGGAACUUGAUCUCAAAUCCAACAACAUUCGCACCAUUGAAGAGGUCAUCAGCUUUCAGCACCUGAAAAGACUAACGUGUCUCAAACUUUGGCACAAUAAGAUCAUCACUAUUCCACUGUCAAUCAGCCAUGUUAAAAACCUGGAGUCGCUCUAUCUCUCACACAACAAGCUGGAAUCUCUACCUUCACCAUUAUUCACACUUCUCAAGUUGCGGCACCUCGAUGUUAGCCAUAAUUCUAUAGUGGUAAUCCCACCAGAGGUGGGCUUUCUCCAGAACCUCCUAUAUUUUGCUAUUGCAGGUAACAAAGUCGAGGCACUCCCCAAGCAACUGUUCAAAUGCACCAAACUAAGGACUUUAUGCCUUGGCCACAACUGUAUCUCCUCUGUUCCAGAGAAAAUUGGCCAACUUUCUCAGCUCACACAUCUGGAAUUGAAGGGAAACUGUCUGGAUCGUCUCCCAGCUCAGCUUGGUCAGUGUUCCCUCCUUCGCAGGAGCUGCCUGAUUGUGGAGGAUCAUCUCUUUGACUCACUUCCAAUUGAAGUAAAAGAGAGCAUCAAUCAGGAAACCAGUGUUUCUUUUGCUAAUGGAUGUAAAUGUUUAAGUGAUGGACGGUAGUUACAUCCUAUAUGACAUCAAAUGUCGGCCAUUUUCUCUCAAAUCUUUGUUUUUUUAAGUGCAUCACUGCUAGAAAAAAGCUGACUAGAGUGCACAUGUUGGGCUCUUAGGGUUGUACACAGUAAACAUAGUAUAGCAAAUACAGGGUUGGUACCACUGGAAAUGUCAUGGCUUGUGUCUUGUCUUGAUUUCUUUCCCUUUUUCCUUUUAUUUUUAGUUAUUGUAAAUGCAUAGCAGCACCUCAAACACCUUAUACUUCUUACCAUAGUAUUCACAAACAUCUAUAGUAGAUUAAUGGGAAACUAUAUAUUAUUGAAAGUGUACCCCUUUAUUGCGGUGACUUAAUUUGUUUUUUUGUUUUUGUUUUGUUUUUUCAGAUUAACUUUACGAUGAGUAUUUUGUGUAAAGAGUGAGAUGAAAAGGAUUGAUGCCUGCAUGCAUCUCCAGCCAUAUCUGACAAUGAAGUAUAAAACUGCAACCUGGAGAUGAUUAGCUUAGUUUAGCUUAGCUUAGCAAAAAGAUUGGAAAAAUGGGGAAACAGCUACAAUCCGUGAACUGACCAUGAAAUUACAUUCAUGCAUAUUUAAAGUUAAAUAAGUAGCAUACAGUAUUCAUCUUGUUUGUUGAACAAAAUCAAGUGGUUUCUCCGUAUUUUUAGUCUUUAAUAUUGAGCUCAGCUAACUGUAGCUCUAUAUUUAGCAUGAAUACAUUCUAUCAAUCUUUUCAUGUAACUCUCACAAAAAAAAGUAUUAUUUCUCAAAAUGGCAGCACUUUAAUCAGAUAAUGUUAAUUUCUUUGUUUUUGUGUGUGCCUUAUUUAUUUUCUGUUGUUUUUGCUGUUUUCUCUUUUAACAAACAUUUUACAUUUAAUACUUAAAGUUAACAGAAGCAUCUCUUUUCAGAAACAAUGUUGUCAUUUUCCUGGAUAAUAAACAGAGCUCACUGGUUUUAGUGUUUUUAUCAAGCACUUUAUCUCUACUUUCAAAUCGAAUCUGUACGAGAGAGAUAACAGGGUGCCGUUUAUGGGAAGUGGUAUCGCUUUUUGGAUUUUUUUUAAAUGCAUUUCAGUUACAAUUACAGAGAUGUGCUUAAAACUACAAAACCAAAGCUAUCAUGGAGACUGUAAAUGAGGAUGUGAUUUGAAUCCUUCAAAAAUCUCAACUUCAUCUGUAUUGUUAUUGUAAACAUUUCAAAACUGUUAGUGUCAGGAACCUCACUUCUCAUGCACAACAAGCUGGAGUCUUUACCUUCACUCACCCUCCUCAUGUACUACCACUAACCAAUAAACCACAGUUAACUGUAUACUCUCAUUAACCGAUUCCACCUUCUUUAGGCUUAUCAUGCAUUUUGAAGAUGUACACCUAUAUGUUGAAAUUUCCAUUAACCUCUUUUGCUACUGCUUCAGUCUUUAAUUAUCUUUUUUUUUCUUUUUUAAUGAAUAGACACCAUAAUCCUUUCAGCCAAAUCACAAAGAUGCUUUGUUUAAUUAUUAUUUUUACUUUAGCUGUUAUGUCUAGUUAUGUUGUACUGUUCUGAUCAGUAUAUUUCUCAUGUAUUUUUUGUGUAUUUACAUUGUGUUUUCUGUGUUUUUCUGCACAGCACUUUGUAAACCUGUUUCUAAAAUGCGCUAUGAUAUAUAAUAAAGGAAUGCUACACAGUUAUUAUUGCUAUUAUGAAAUGCUAGAAAUUAUAAUAAAAUUGCACUGAAAUAC